AAUAAUAAUAAUGUCGUUUUGUUUGUUGCCAGGACCAACCCAUAUGCUGUGCUCCUUUCCACAGCCAUAGCUUCUGCAUCGAUACUCCUGCCCUGGCCUUGACCGUCCUCUCCCUCCCACGACGCUGUUCCUUCCCUACUUCCCCCUUCGACUGAAUGUACCCGACUGCGUCGCGCUCUGCAAAUUCUAGGGGCGUCAAGAGCCAAUCGACCCUACAAGUUCGAGAAGCUUGAGAUCGUUCUCCAUUCCAUUCCAGGCAUUCGGGCUAUUCACUAUGGACGUGAAGCCACAACGUCCACUGCGGCCAUUACGCGUCAGAAACGACGAAAAUGUCCCUCCCGAAGGUCAGGUCACCAAAACAAUCCAUCAUCGGAAUAAAUCGAGUCCAGCACUCACGACUACUUUCGCCGAAGCCCAAGGGCUCAAGGCUGCCGCGAAGCGAACUGCAUUUGGAGAUGUGAGCAAUAUCGUUGCAGGCAGACCGAGCAAAGAUGAUUCAAUACUGCACACCAAACCGAGUCUACAAGCUGUCGUGAAACCUAGCCAGUCCCUCGAGCAAAGACGAUCUAUUGCGCUGCUCCGUCCCGCCCAAAAAGGAUUGAAAACCAUUCUUGCUGGAGCGGCUGCCUAUGGCACAUCCAAGGCCUCUUCAAAUGCUACAUCCACAGAGACUGUGGUUGCACUACAACCUGCCGCAACGAAAAAGACAUUGACUAAGCGCCACACCACAAUCUUUAAAGAUACCCGUCUUGCAGUGCUUCAAGAGACGGAAAUAACUCUGAGCGAUUCCGCGGAUGAGAAUAGGCCAGAGACAGAGAAGCGCCCGAGCUCAGCGAAUGCUGGAAUAGAGUCUCAGCUUUGCCUUCUUCCUCCACCUGUACCUGUUGCUGUUCCUGCUGAACCGGUGAAAGAUAUCCAAGAUCUCUAUUCAGACACUAGCUUGCCUGGCAUCGAAGGUGUAAACUUGGGUCCUGCACUCUCGAGCGAAUCAAAUAGCGAAACACAGGUGAAUGAUGGAAGUAGCACUGUCUCAAGCCACGUUGCUCAGCAGCUUUCACAACAGCCGUCGGAUCGACCUCUCCCCAAACAUCCUAUACCUGCCAUGGAACCCCACAUUGCCGCCGUUCGAAAAGAGACGCAACAGAUUCCGGUGGCGAGCCUCGUGAAUCCCGUCGAUAGCGUCCCUCCUCUGAGCCCCCACCAUUCAUAUAUCCAGCAACGGCUCGAGCAAGAAGAAUAUUGGGAUGAAGAGGAUGACGAGAACUACGAAGAGGAAGAUUAUGUCACCGCCAGGUCGUUCCGAUCACGGGGGGACAAUACAACCGGCGGCGCUACGACGGUUCUGUUUCCGCAGAUGAACCAACGUGCCCGCAAGGAAAUUGCUGCAGCAAAGCAGCUGGUCGAAGCCACUCGUUCCCCCGAGGAGGUGGAAGAUGAAAGCUACGACACGAGCAUGGUUGCUGAGUAUGGAGAAGAGAUCUUUGAUUACAUGAGGCAACUCGAGGUGAAGAUGCUUCCGAACGCCCACUAUAUGGACAACCAGCAUGAAAUUCAAUGGUCCAUGCGCUCAGUCUUGAUGGAUUGGCUUGUCCAGGUCCACCUCCGGUUCAAUCUACUACCAGAGACGCUCUUUCUUACUGUCAACUACAUUGACCGUUUCCUGUCAUGUAAGGUCGUUUCUCUCGGCAAACUGCAGCUUGUGGGCGCGACGGCCAUCUUCAUCGCUGCAAAAUAUGAAGAGAUCAAUUGCCCCUCCGUCCAGGAAAUUGUGUACAUGGUCGACGGAGGUUACAGUGUUGAUGAGAUCCUCAAAGCCGAGCGGUUUAUGCUCACCAUGCUUCAAUUCGAACUUGGCUUCCCCGGGCCCAUGAGCUUCUUGCGCCGAAUAAGCAAAGCUGAUGAUUAUGACCUGGAGACGAGGACCCUGGCGAAAUAUUUCCUUGAAGUGACCAUGAUGGAUGAACGUUUCAUCGGAAGCCCGCCGAGUUUUACCGCGGCGGCAUCGCAUUGUCUCGCACGCAUCAUGCUUCGGAAAGGCACAUGGACCGCCCAUCAUGUCUACUAUUCCGGGUACACGUACAGCCAACUCAAACCACUGAUCAACUUACUGCUGGAAUGUUGUGAGGAUCCGCGGAAGCACCACAACGCAGUCUUCAAUAAAUAUUGCGACAAGCGCUACAAGAGAGCUUCGGCUUUCGUUGAGACCGAAAUCCAGAGAGGGUUCGAAUUGCCAGACCCCGUCGCACCAACAUCUUUUCUUCAGUCGACGAUGCUUUCAUUCUAUGAUAGCGUCCCUUAUCUUCGCAUGUGAAGAGAUCAUCAUUCAAACAACUCAUAAUUUAAACUACCCUACCUCAGAGGCAAGCACUUGUCUAUCACAGGUGGCAGUUUUUCGACAUCUUCAAGCUGAGAGACACGCGCAUUGCAAACUCUCAGCCGCGGGAGCCUCGCGCCAUCCAAUCGAAAGCAGAUUAACGAUUGGUUGUCGGUAUUCAUUUCUCCCAGGCUUAGGGCUUCUCAAUAUUCGAUGGGAAUCAUUGACGAGGAAACACGAAUUUAUGACAAAGCAAUUGGCGUCCACCGCAGAGCGACCGGGAGAACAAGGAUGCUGAGGAGAGCCAUCUCUCGGUCUCCUGUAGGAAUAUUGGAAUGAAUUAUGGGCAUCGUCGUCGUCGAAGCUUGUGAACGGCUUUGGAGAGCGACGUGGCGGAGAUCACACUGUUAGAGAUAGCAACGGGUUGCUGGGCGUGAUAGAGUCGGAUCGGUAAUCAUCAGGCAACAAAUUCGUGCUCUCAGGCAGAUAAUGCAGACACUACCUUGAGGGAAUGCAAUCACAACAAGUUUCUUC